UCGGUAUAAAUUUUUGUUAAACUGUCGUUAUUUAUAAUUUUAUAAAAAAUAAUAUAACUAUGAUCGAUCCAAAAUAUGCUUUUCUACCAGGUAUUGCAUACGAUCAACCAGAUAUUUAUGAAACAAAUGACCCACCUGAAAAUAAUCAGUUUACUGAUUGUACACAAGAAGAUGAAGAUUCAAUUGAGAAAGUGAAUGUCAGUGCCACAGAUGCAUUUAAUAAAUUUAAAGACAAAUAUGUGAGUUCUAAAGAUGUUGAUUUUUCAGAUAGAAUUUCAUCAAAAUCUAAAGUAGGUUAUAAUUUAUGUCAGUGGGAAUAUUAUAGCAAUGGUGAAAAUGAAGCACCUAUUCAAAAAUAUCAAAGAAUUCAGCAUGAAAUGCAAGAAUUACGAGAUCAAAUAUUAACAGUACAGAGAAACCUUAAAGACAAUGAAGAUUCUAAAUCGGUGACAGAUUUAGUUUAUCAAAUUGAGUGUACUGGGAAAGAAUUGGACUCUUUAAAUCUAGAUAGUUUAAGUGAAACUUCAAUUACGUAUUUAUCAAAUUUUCAAGAAGUUCGUUUUAAAGAAUUAGCAUCUCAAAUAGAAAUAUUUAAACAUAAAAAUUAUAUUGAGAGCAGCUAUCCCGUUAAAGAUAUAAACUUACAAUCGCAGGGACCAACAAAAUAUGGAACAUUAAAAUAUCAAAUGACUUAUUUUCCUGAUAAAGCAAAAAUACAAGAUUUGGCGAGAAUUAGUCAUCUAGAAAAAAGACUUGGAUAUGUAGAAAAUAUAAUAGGAAUCUCUAACGAUAAUACUACCAAAUGUUCGCAGAUUCUAAAAUCGAAAGGUAUUACAAAAUCAAUUGAAAAACUAAUGGCCAGUGCUUGUUUAUUAAAUAGUACACAGUUAGAUAUUUUAGAAAAUAAAGUUACUUCAUUGAUUGAUAAAAUAGAUAAAGUCAUAUUAAAGAAAACAUCUAUAAAACAAGAUUCGAAACAUGAAUUAAUAGUUGAAGAAUUAUAUGAUUUAGUAAAAAAGUCUCAAAAUUGCUCUGAAAUACUACCUCAAACAAUUGAUCGCAUGCUAUCACUGAAUGGCUUACAUCGAAAAGCUGCCGAAUUUGGAAAUCAACUGAAAGAUUUAGAAAAUUUACAAGAAACUAUAAAUGGAACCUUGAUAAAUAAUAAAACAUUAUUAGAAGGAAUACAAAAAAAUUUCGCUAGUAAUUUGGAAGUAAUGGCCUGUGAUAUUACAUCAUUAAAUGAACGUAUACAAAAAUUAAAACAUUAAAGUUAGUGUUUAGCUCUAAAUAUUAUAUAUAUAAAUAUACAUAAUAUAGAUCAUUCAAAAUACACAUUUAUCUGUAAGUAAAA